AUGGUCAGCAGAGUGAAGAGUGGAAAUCAGAAGUGCCAGAAGUCUACCCAAGUGAAGCUGAAAUUAAAUGGAGUUGCUGACUGCAAAUGUGAAAGAAGGACAAUACCUGGUGUUAUGGUUCGAGUGGAAGGCUUUAACUACGUUGGCAUGGGUAAUUCCACUAACAAGAAAGAUGCACAGAGCAAUGCGGCUCGAGACUUUGUCAAUUACUUAGUUCGAGUGAAUGAAAUGAAGAAAGACGAAAUUCCUGCUUUUGGACCAGCAGCUGGUGGUACCCCUGAUGGACAUGAAGCAGCUAGAGAUGUUACUAGCUCCAGUUCUACUUUGGGUGGACCUCUUCCUCCGCAUUUGAUUCUAGAAGCUGAAAUAGGCAAUGGCCCAGGUGCGACACCUGGAAACUGUGGCAGUCGUGGAGCUCAGUGGGAUCGGGGUGCAAAUUUGAAAGACUACUAUUCAAAGAGAGAGGAGCAAGAAGUGCAGGCAACCUCGGAGUCAGAAGUGGACUUAAAUGCUGAUCUUCACGGGAAUUGGACCUUGGAAAAUGCCAAGGCUCGCCUGAACCAGUUUUUCCAAAAGGAGAAGAUUCAGGAAGAAUAUAAAUACACUGAAAUGGGGCCUGAUCACAACAGGAGCUUUAUUGCAGAAAUGAACAUUUAUGUGAAGCAGCUGGGCAGAAGGAUUUUCAGUCGUGAGCAUGGAUCGAACAAAAAGCUGGCAGCACAGUCCUGUGCCCUUUCCUUGGUUAGACAGCUCUACCAUCUUGGUGUCAUAGAACCAUAUUCUGGACAGACAAAGAAAAAAGGAGAAUCGGUGGAGCCCUUUGAGGUGUCACUGCCUUCUGACUUAGAGAAUCAGCUGCAAAACGUUGUACGGGAACUGUCUCUGGAGAUUGUGCCUUUGCCUGAAGAUCCCAGUAAUCCAGUUGUGAUUAAUGUUGGAAAGUUGGCCCAUUUUGAACCAUCGCAGAGACAAAGUCAUAUGGGAGUUGUUCCAUGGUCGCCACCUCAUUCCAACUGGAACCCUUGGACCAGCUGCAAUAUUGAUGAGGGUCCUCUGGCAAAUCUCACUCCAGAGCAAAUAAGCAUGGAUUUGAAAAGUGAUUUCAUGUACCGUUUGGAGCAGGAUCAAGAAUUGCAAAGGAUCCAACAAGAGAGAGAGGCCUUACCUGUGAAGAAUUUUGAAAGUGAAAUUCUGGAUGCAAUCCGUCACAAUUCUGUUGUUGUAAUUCGUGGUGCCACUGGUUGUGGCAAAACCACGCAAGUUCCACAGUAUAUCCUAGAUGAAUACAUCAAAACUGACAGAGCUGCGGAGUGCAACAUAGUAGUGACACAGCCUCGGAGGAUUAGUGCAGUUUCUGUCGCAGAGCGUGUGUCGUAUGAGAGAGGAGAACAACCUGGGCAAAGCUGUGGAUACAGUGUGCGAUUUGAAUCCGUGCUUCCUCGGCCGCAUGCCAGUGUGAUGUUCUGCACUGUAGGUGUUCUUCUGAGAAAGGUGGAGGCUGGGAUCCGUGGCAUUAGUCAUGUUAUUGUUGAUGAGAUCCAUGAGAGAGACAUUAAUACUGACUUUCUCUUGGUGGUGCUGAGAGAUGUAGUUCAGGCAUAUCCUGAAAUCAGGGUUAUCCUCAUGUCUGCCACAAUCGAUACUAGUAUGUUUUGUGAAUACUUUUUCAACUGUCCUGUCGUUGAAGUCUUUGGUAGAACCUACCCUGUCCAAGAUUAUUUUCUGGAAGAUUGCAUUCAAAUGACUCAGUUCAUUCCCCCACCAAAGGAAAAGAAGAAGAAAGAGAAGGAUGAAGAAAGUGGUGAAGAUGAUGAUGCCAAUUGCAACCUUAUUUGCAGUGAUGAAUAUGGCCCAGAAACAAAGCACUCCAUGGCUCAGCUGAAUGAGAAAGAAACUCCUUUUGAACUCAUUGAGGCCCUGCUAAUUUAUAUCAAGACCCUGAAUGUCCCGGGAGCUGUACUUGUUUUCUUGCCUGGCUGGAACUUGAUAUAUACAAUGCAGAAGCAUCUAGAAAUGAAUCCACGCUUUGGAGGCCGCCAGUAUAGAAUUCUACCUCUACAUUCGCAAAUUCCUCUGGAGGAACAACGUCGAGUGUUUGAUCCUGUGCCUCCAGGAGUAACAAAAGUUAUUUUAUCUACCAGCAUUGCGGAGACUAGCAUUACUAUCAAUGAUGUGGUCUAUGUUAUAGACUCCUGCAAACAAAAAGUGAAGCUGUUCACUGCUCAUAAUAACAUGACAAACUAUGCCACAGUCUGGGCAUCAAAAACUAAUUUGGAGCAGCGGAAAGGAAGAGCUGGACGUGUGCGUGCUGGAUUUUGUUUCCAUUUGUGCAGUAGAGCUCGCUUUGAAAGACUUCAAACUCAUAUGACACCUGAAAUGUUUCGAACACCACUUCAUGAAAUUGCUUUGAGCAUCAAAUUACUGCGGCUGGGAGGAAUCGGUCAAUUUUUGGCCAAAGCAAUAGAACCACCACCUUUGGAUGCAGUGAUUGAAGCAGAACGCACACUAAGAGAGCUUGAUGCCCUGGAUUCCAAUGAUGAGUUGACACCUCUUGGAAGAAUCCUAGCCAAACUUCCCAUUGAACCUCGUCUUGGCAAGAUGAUGAUAAUGGGCUGUAUUUUUUAUGUGGGAGAUGCUAUUUGUACCAUCUCUGCCGCCACCUGUUUCCCCGAACCUUUCAUCAGUGAAGGCAAACGCCUGGGUUAUGUCCAUAGGAAUUUUGCUGGGACCAGGUUUUCAGAUCAUGUUGCUUUGCUCUCUGUCUUCCAAGCCUGGGAUGAUGCAAGAAUGGGUGGUGAAGAAGCAGAAAAAAGAUUUUGUGAACACAAAAGACUCAGCAUGGCUACUCUUAGAAUGACUUGGGAAGCAAAAGUCCAGCUGAAAGAUAUACUUAUUAAUUCUGGCUUCCCUGAAGAAUGUUUGAUGACUCAACCAUUUAACAACACUGGACCAGAUAAUAAUCUGGAUGUUGUAAUCUCCCUGCUUGCUUUUGGGGUCUACCCCAACGUCUGCUACCACAAGGAGAAGAGGAAAAUUCUUACCACUGAGGGGCACAAUGCGCUCAUCCACAAGUCAUCUGUCAACUGCCCUUUCAGCAGCCAGGACAUCAAGUAUCCGUCGCCUUUUUUCGUUUUUGGAGAAAAGAUUCGAACACGAGCCAUCUCUGCCAAAGCGAUGACCUUGGUGAGCCCGCUGCAGCUGCUUCUCUUUGCCUCCAAGAAAGUCCUGUCGGAUGGGGAGCUCAUUCUGGUAGAUGACUGGAUCAAACUGAAGAUGCCCCACAAUGUGGCUGCCUGCAUCACUGCUCUACGUGCUGCGAUGGAGGCUCUUGUUGUGGAAGUGACUAAAGAUCCUGAGAUCAUUCGGCAGCUGGACCCAGCAAAUGAGCGAAUGCUGAAUGUGAUCCGUCAGAUCUCCAGGCCGUCAGCUGCAGGCAUCAGCCUCAUGGCUGCCAAUGCAAGGUUCGGAGAUGGUCCUCGUCCCCCCAAAAUGCCUCGCUACGACAAUGGAGGUGGCUUCAGAGGCUGGGGAGGUUACCCGCGUGGCUCUGGCUACAGAGGUAGAGGGUACGGUGGCUACAGCUACUCCGGCAGGCGCUCAGGAGGAAGAGGAUACCAAGGUAGCCCGGGGGGGGGCUACAGAGGUGGGGGAGGCUAUCGAGGAGGAGGGUAUCAAGGAGCAGGUGGUGGCUACAGAGGAGGCUGUGGGGAUCCGGGGAGGGGCAGGACGGGAGACGGGCUCUUCACGCACGGGUUUGGUCCUGCAGGACGGGAGACGGGCUCUUCACGCACGGGUUUGGUCCUGCAGGACGGGAGACGGGCUCUUCACGCACGGGUUUGGUCCUGCAGGACGGGAGACGGGCUCUUCACGCACGGGUUUGGUCCUGCAGGACGGGAGACGGGCUCUUCACGCACGGGUUUGGUCCUGCAGGACGGGAGACGGGCUCUUCACGCACGGGUUUGGUCCUGCAGGACGGGAGACGGGCUCUUCACGCACGGGUUUGGUCCUGCAGGACGGGAGACGGGCUCUUCACGCACGGGUUUGGUCCUGCAGGACGGGAGACGGGCUCUUCACGCACGGGUUUGGUCCUGCAGGACGGGAGACGGGCUCUUCACGCACGGGUUUGGUCCUGCAGGACGGGAGACGGGCUCUUCACGCACGGGUUUGGUCCUGCAGGACGGGAGACGGGCUCUUCACGCACGGGUUUGGUCCUGCAGGACGGGAGACGGGCUCUUCACGCACGGGUUUGGUCCUGCAGGACGGGAGACGGGCUCUUCACGCACGGGUUUGGUCCUGCAGGACGGGAGACGGGCUCUUCACGCACGGGUUUGGUCCUGCAGGACGGGAGACGGGCUCUUCACGCACGGGUUUGGUCCUGCAGGACGGGAGACGGGCUCUUCACGCACGGGUUUGGUCCUGCAGGACGGGAGACGGGCUCUUCACGCACGGGUUUGGUCCUGCAGGACGGGAGACGGGCUCUUCACGCACGGGUUUGGUCCUGCAGGACGGGAGACGGGCUCUUCACGCACGGGUUUGGUCCUGCAGGACGGGAGACGGGCUCUUCACGCACGGGUUUGGUCCUGCAGGACGGGAGACGGGCUCUUCACGCACGGGUUUGGUCCUGCAGGACGGGAGACGGGCUCUUCACGCACGGGUUUGGUCCUGCAGGACGGGAGACGGGCUCUUCACGCACGGGUUUGGUCCUGCAGGACGGGAGACGGGCUCUUCACGCACGGGUUUGGUCCUGCAGGACGGGAGACGGGCUCUUCACGCACGGGUUUGGUCCUGCAGGACGGGAGACGGGCUCUUCACGCACGGGUUUGGUCCUGCAGGACGGGAGACGGGCUCUUCACGCACGGGUUUGGUCCUGCAGGACGGGAGACGGGCUCUUCACGCACGGGUUUGGUCCUGCAGGACGGGAGACGGGCUCUUCACGCACGGGUUUGGUCCUGCAGGACGGGAGACGGGCUCUUCACGCACGGGUUUGGUCCUGCAGGACGGGAGACGGGCUCUUCACGCACGGGUUUGGUCCUGCAGGACGGGAGAAGGGCUCUUCACGCACGGGUUUGGUCCUGCAGGACGGGAGACGGGCUCUUCACCCCUUGCCUGCUGGUGUUUUCUUUAGGGCUAAUCAUAGCUGCAAACCAGAGCUUUAUGGACUUGAAUUUCAGCCUUCUUCACAGAGGCAGAGCGAACAUGAGCAUGGCAAAGGGUUGCUUCGCUGCAGUCUGCAUUGGUUGUGCUGUCCGUUUGCGAGACAAGCAAGCCCAGGCUGCGAGAGGCAGAAUUUGCUCCAGGGUGCGGUGA